AACAAAAUACCAAAUACAGAAGAGGCAGCAGCUCUGCGAUAUCAAUCGUGAUAUUAACUGCAACAUUAACCUGUCAUAGAUGUUCGUUAUUUAUUCGUUGUGCCUGAACAAUUAAUUACCAUGAUACCAUAUAUCCAGAGCAGACCCAGUCGAAGAAUUUACAACCGCGGUUUGGAGGCUGCCCGUAUUGUCCUAGUGGUGUUAGAACUUUCCGUGUCGGUGAUCAGUUCUGUCACAAUUAUGACAUUUGGAUAUUUGCUUAAGCAUUUUCGGUGGCGUUGUCCCUUCUUCAGUCGGAUGGUCGUCGAAAUAGUUCCGACCGCUGUAAGCAACGAAACCAUAUUGAUCGAGGGUCACACAGAAUGGGGGAAGAAAGAAGAGUGCUGGUUCACUUUGACCGUUAGCAUUAUCAUCACACUGUCCGGUUUCAUAUGGGCCUGGCUGCAUUUGCACUUCAAACGAAGGGUCCAUCAAGAAGGGGUUUCACAUUCCUACGUGUUCAUAAGCAUCAUAUGCGAAUUCAUUUUGUUUUUCUUCUCCCUCGUAUCAAGUAUUAAAAUCACCACUGGUGAACGAGUCUGGUGUGAAAAUCUAGUGAAGCAUAUUCCUUACACUUGCCAUGAAGUCUUUCAAUUGCGUUGGCGGUAUUUCAAAGUCCAGAGAGAUAUAUCUACUUAUGUGAAAGUUACAAAGGGAUUCAGCUGGCUGACAACACUCACCCUGAUAAUCAUACCCAUAUACGCCUUCUUCGCGUUCUACGGAAGCUCCAUCUUGUAUCUUUGUUGCAAAGAUGACAGCGAAGAAGGUGACUACUCGUUGAAAAUGGUGGCUUCCAAAAUAGUUCAGCUGCCAUAUAUGGCAAUACGGAGAUCAAGGGCAAAAUCACUUGAAGUACAUGGUUUCCGAAAAUAUUAUGAUUCCCAGAUGUUUUAUUAGAGGACAGUUUGGUUGUAUCCCUUGAAGCAUUAAAAAGCAUUAAAAAGUUAGAGAGUUUUAUAAUAAUCUCCCCUUGAUGUCAUAGAGAGUUCUUUGAUAAUCUCCCUAGAAACAAGGAACUCUGGAAAAUCUUGAAGCAUUAAAAAUUUCUUUGAAA